AUGGUACACUUUAGAUAUCUCAGUAAAGCAGAAAUAUCAGCGCGAUUUCUAACCUUAUCAAUUCUAGCAACAAUAGUGAUAACAUGUGUCACGCAGAAUCUAAUGCGAAAAUUCGCUGGAGCGCCAAUUUUAAAGAUGGAGACAGUGAAAAACGCACCAACAUUCGCACCAACACUUAAAUUCUGUUUACUUGAUACGAAUUUACGCGGGGUUGGCGGAUUUAAUGUUGAAGCGUCGUUAGGUGGUCCAGGCGCAACAAACACCACUUCAAUUGGCCCGUCGUAUAUUAGUUAUUGGAAUGCGACGAGUGAUUCUGAAGAUGAUGAAGAUGAUCAAGUUAAUGAUUAUCAAGAAUGUGCAUUGUUUCAUGGUGAGAUGUAUAUGAUUGAUUCGGAUAGCACGCCAUUUUUCGGGUUUGCGAUUACUUCACAAUCGGGGAAUUUUAGCGUUAUGACUUCAUUGAUUGAUGUGACAGUUUUUGGAGCUGGAAAUGACAGUAAUAUCAGUCAAAAUUUCAAAAUCCCAUUCGGGUAUAAAUACCUUCUACAAUACUAUGAGACGAGAUAUUUCGCAUGGGGUGCAUCCGAUCCAACACGGCUAUUUAAUUUUGAUCCAUUUCUUGGACUUGGCAAUCGAAAUUCUACAUCAAAUGGUCAGACUCUACCGCAAACAUCAUUAUACUUUCGACGAAAAACCACCACAAUCGAACAAGAGAGAGAACAAACAGCAUACACGGUAUGGGACUUUGUCACCGGACUGUCCGGUUUACUUUCAUUUCUUGUACUCGCAUACACCGUAUUAUUUGGUCAUUUCCGAUUUGAUCCCUGGGGAAUAGCCACCCGUUUUUUCUUAUUUAACGUACAAAGUACCUUUUAUAAGAGGACUUCGAAGACGGGAGUGCAAAUACCAUUCUUGGAUUUAGAGGAUUUAGAAUUACAAUCUCAAGAGGAUGGUGGUAUGAAGGAACAGCAACAGCAACCUAGUGAUAUUGACCUACAUCGAUGUUACAUUGAAUACGAAGACCCGGAAAAACAACAUCAUGUACUUUACUGGGCAGAAAACUCGAAAUUAGCAAUGACCUUGGCGUUUAAUGCACAAACCUUGUCAAUAGCUACCAAUAAUAUGAGGGAUGAAAUCGUGAUUCCAUUUAGUGAAAUUUAUGGAUUUGAUCCUGGUCGUGAAAAAGGAUUUUGGAUUAAGUUGAAACCUGAUUAUGAAAAAAAGUUUUACCAUCAUCCACGCGGUUUCAAUCGCACAAAGAAAAUUCCAUGUGACGAAGGUAAUCCAAUCAGAAAUUUCUUCGAAGGUGCGGAAGAACUUCACGUUAUUGGAUGUGAAUGGGUGAACGAUGAAGAUUUAGAAACCAUUGGCAAAAUGAUGAAAAAACACAUUGGUGAUCGUAAAGAUCAAUGGUACGAUCCAACGGUAACACAAGAAAUGAACCAAGUUAACAACAGCGGAAUGGCACGCUUAUACACAACAUUCAACAAUCAAUUAUUCUUCCCAAUCUCCAGUUGUAAGUUCCAACAAGGGGAUUCCUUCAGUUUUCUUCGAUCUUUUUGUGAUGAUGACAUGGGAUUUUUGGUUCGUCCUGACAUGCAGGAAAUUAGCCUACUUGUUAAUUUCCUCGAAGACGAAAUUAGCAUUCCCUUCCACCAAAUUGUUGAUGUUCAAGCUGAACCAGAUAACAUAAUCACUAUAACAUUUAGAGAUAAUUUCCUUAGACGUUAUGCGAAACAUCAAGAUGGCUUUGAUCCUGCAAAGCCAGGGAUACCACUCUCCAAAGACCCAACUUUUGGGAAUAAGUUUGCAUCAAUCAAUCUCAUUUCUAUCACACCAUUGCAAAAGUACAGUGUUAAUCGCGUCCAAGAUGUGAUCAAAUUCUUGUAUAGAAUGCUAGGUAAAAUUAUUGGAGAAUCGCAUCCAGCAAAUUUGAAGCUCCCAAAUUCCAGCAUGAUGAUGAUGCGAACCGUAAAUAUGGAUAAUGUUUGC